AUGGAACCUUACACUGGAACAAUUAACAGCGGAGGAGCUAAACCCGAAAUUAAAAUAGAUGAACUCACUUCGGAAAGAGUUAAAUUCAUACUUACUAACACAGAUCUAAGCAUGGCAAAUGCCCUAAGACGCAUAAUGAUAGCAGAAGUAGCUACUAUUGCGAUUGAUAUGGUCGAAUUUGAAUUAAACACUUCCGUGUUAGCUGAUGAAUUCAUUGCACAUCGUUUGGGUUUGAUACCUUUAGAUAGCACAGAAGCUGAAAAAAUAAAAUAUUCUAGAGAAUGUAGUUGUCAGGGAGCCUGCAAAGAAUGCAGUGUGGAAUUAAAUUUACACGUAAAAUGUACAGAAGAAGAUACUACUAAAGACGUAACUAGUCGAGAUCUUGUCAGUAAUGAUCCGCGAGUUACACCUAUUCAAGAUGGUCCAAAGGAUCCUGGUAUUCUAAUAGCUAAACUUCGUAAAGGUCAAGAAAUUAAAGUUAAAUGUAUAGCCAAAAAGGGUGUAGCAAAAGAGCAUGCUAAAUGGAGUCCUUGCGCAGCUGUUGCUUUUGAAUAUGAUCCAUUUAAUAAGUUAAGGCAUGCUCAUUAUUGGAUUGAGGAACAUGAGAAAAAGGAAUGGCCUGCAAGUAAAAAUGCCGAAAAAGAUUUUCCUCCAGGAGAUGAUGAAGUAUUUGAUUUCACUGCUAAACCUAAUAGGUUUUACUUUGAAGUCGAAACAAUAGGCUCUAUGAAACCCGAAGAUAUUGUGAUGAAUGCAUUUAAGAAAUUAUUGGAAAAAAUUUCAUCAGUUCAAAUGGGAUUGACAACAAAUGAUGUUAAUGCAAUCAAUAGAGAACCUCCUCGAGAAUUUUAG